AUGAAAUCUCCAGUUCCCGAUGUUGAUGAAUGUAAUGUCUUUGUUAAAUUCUUACCAUGUGAAUAUACUGAAAGAGAUUUGUUUAAUCUUUUUCAGCCAUAUGGUGAUAUUGUCAAUACCAAAGUCAUGAUUAAUACUAAAACCGGAACAAGUUUGGGUUAUGGAUUCGUUAGAUUCUCUGAUCCAGCCGAAGCAAGAGAAGCCAUCGCCAAGAUGAAUCGUGUACAAAUCGGAUAUAAAGUGCUACUUUGCAAACUCUCGAAACCAAUUCAAACCCCAACUAUAAAUCCAUUUUCACUGUUGGAUGACAGUGAGCUCCGUGACCCAUCUCCCACCAUCUACGUCAGAAUACUCUCGCCAACCAUUACCGAUGCCAUGUUGAGAGCGGCCUUUGCACCAUUCGGUGAAAUCCAAGAGUGCCAAGUCCACAUCGAUUCAGUCUCUGGUAAAUCAAAGCGAUCCGGAUACAUCAAAUACUCAACCAUAGAGGAAGCUACCUCUGCCAUCCACUCGAUGAAAGGUUCUCUACAACUUGGAGAAACUCCAUUAAUUGUUAAAUAUGCCAACGGUAGACUCAGCCAAAAGUCUACCUCUCCACAACCAGUCAACAUCUUGAACCAAUCACUUUCCAACCUCAACAACAACAACAACAACAACAGCACCAUUCUUCUCGCCCAAAUCAACAAUCUCGCCAGCUCAACUGGUAUCGACUACUACUACGAAUCUCCACAUCGCCGAUCUGUUUCCCCACAGCCAUCGUCGUCACCACCACAACAACACUCACCAAGAAUGAUUCCAGUUGUUCCACAACAGCAGCAACAACAACAACAACAACAACCAACACAAAUUCCACCACACCAAUAUACUUAUUUAUAUGCACCACCACACCACCAAGAUAUUUAUAUAUACCAUCCACACUACUAUGCAACCGAAUACACAAUAUCGCCACCAAGAUCACCAUCACCCCCAGCGUCGCCAACCCACUAUCCAACCACACCGUCACAACCAAAUUUUUCCAACAGACACCACCCCUACUAUAUAUAUGCACCACACCACCACCCAACCUAUACCUAUCAUCACCACCAACAUCAACAACCACCAAUGGAAUUCUCGACCAUUGACAUUGACAAUCCAAACUCAACCACACUCAUCUGUACAUACAAUGAAGACAUUGAAUUCUCGGACCUCUACGAAACCUUUUCCAACUACGGAUCACUACAAAGCCUAAAGAUCAACAAGAGUGGCGAGGGCAAAUUCCAAUCGAUUAUCACUUUCACCAAUGUUGACCAUGCAGUCAACGCCAAACACUGUUUGGACCGUUCAAAGAUUGGUUCACAAAGAAUUCGUAUUGAAUAUGACGAAGUGUUUUGUUUAUAA